CGGUGGGUUGAAGAUAUGGAAGCAACUAAGCAAAGCAAUAAACAUAUUCUCUCUCUCUCUCUAUACAUUAAAUUGCAGAAGAAAGAGAUGGAAAUGGCGCCACUCCUUCCUAGGUUUGUUGUGUUGAAAGCAAAGAAUGACAAGUAUUUGCGUUGCAUUAUUGAACAAGGAAAGUUCCGCAAUAUCAUUAAAUGCGACGGAGAGGAAAUUAUUAAUCCUGUAUCCAAGUUCAAAAUUGAGAAAGCCAAGAGCAACCGAGAUUUAGUCCAUAUAAGAUGCUGCUACACCAACAAAUACCUUCGACGCCGCGACGAAGAAGCAUUAACUGUGGGCGCAACAGCUGAUGCAGCCGACGAGGACCAAUCCAAAUGGUCAUGCACCCUCUUCAGGCCCCUUUUUGAAGAUGACAAAACCUUUCGCUUCCAGCACGUGGAGAGCGGCUAUAAUCUCUACCAGUGGCGAUCAACUGAUGACUAUGACGGCUGCAUAUUUAUCGCAACUUCCGACGAUGACGAGGAUGCCCGUGGGUGCGAUCUCUUCUCGUUCACCGACUGGGAAUCGCUUGUGAUACUGCCCAAACAUGUGGCUGUCAAGGGAGACAACGGCAAGUAUCUGUUUUACCGUAACAAGCACAGCCGCGGUCCACUCAGUGACGACCACAUGGAAUUUGGAGCCACUCAGAUUGGGGACAAUAGAGUUGGGGAGCAAGUGUUCACCAACCCCGACGGAAGCAUCCGCUUGAAGCAUGAUUCCAAUGGCAAAUUCUGGAGGGCUACUCCCCAUUGGAUAUUUCCAGAUUCAACCGACGAGUCAGACUCCGAUCCCGCAACCUCAUUUUGGCCAGUCAGAAUCAAGGGAAACGCUAUCGCACUCCGUAGCAAGGGUAACGAUAGAUAUUUGCGUAGAACCUCCUACGGUGGCACGGUGGACUGUAUUGCUGCGGCAUCUUGGGCGACGACUAUCGACAGAGAGAGCUACCUGGUGCUGGAAGAGCUGGUGAACAAGAGGCAAAUAUAUGAUGUGGAGUACCGGCUGGAGGACGCCAGAGUGUAUAACGAAUCAAUCAUGACACUGGCGCGCUCCUGCGUCAGCAACAUGACUAAACAAACUGAAACCUUGGAGGUGGCAAUGACUUAUAAAGAGGUGAGGAAGCACAAAUGGAGUACGAGCACGUCCUCUUCUUUUUCCUUUAGUACCAAAGUUUCAAUGGGUGUUCCUGAGAUUUUCGAAGCUGGCGUUGAGAUGAAGGAGACGAUGGAGAGCGAAUAUGAAUGGGGAAGUAGCGUAAAUGCAACCACCAGUUUGGCUAAAAAAGUGCCGGUCAGCGUUAAACCAAUGACAAAGACAACAGUGACUCUUAUUGCAACACUUGGAUUUUGCGAUGUUCCAUUCAGCAAGACACCCUCACCAACGGCCAACUCGAAUACACCACAAAACAUGACGGCCUCUUCACCGGUGCCAAUUGCUUCAAAAUCCGCACCCAAGCCUCCGACGAACCACUCUAGUACUUAUCCCUCCCAUGCAUCUAUUUAUCCUACCUAAUAAAUAAAUUUCUCUGGAAGAAAAGAGAGUUGUAUUUCGUAUUGUGGAAGCAGCUAUGUGCGAUGAGGUGAUCACCAAAGUUAUUUGGAAGUCUAUCAAAGAUAAGGUGUUUUUCAUAUUUCUUUUGCAGCAUUAUUUUACAUUCUUGUACCUGACAUUAAUUUUGGGAAUGGGCAGCUUAUUGUAACAGGUGUAAACUCAGAUAAUUAUGAUUCAA